AUGCCCAAACAAAUAAAGCAAAUGAUGUGUGGACAGACUGCUCUGCACAUAGCAUUGCUGACAGGCAAUGCAGAUAUGGUGAAACUACUCCUAGACAGCGGGGCUGAAGUUAAUGCCGAGAACGAGGAUGGUAGAACCCCAUUAUAUUGGGCAGCAGAGGAAGGCCAUGAGGACAUCGUGAAGCUUCUCCUGGAGCAUGGAACUGAUCCUAAUAUCACCAAUGAGUGGGGCAGAACACCAUUAUAUUGGGCAGCAGAGGAAGGCCAUGAGGACAUCGUGAAGCUUCUCCUGGAGCAUGGAACUGAUCCUAAUAUCACCAAUGAGAGUGGCAGAACACCAUUAUGUUGGGCAGCAGAGGAAGGCCAUGAGGACAUCGUGAAGCUUCUCCUGGAGCGUGGAGCUGAUCCUAAUAUCACGAAUAAGUGGGGCAGAACACCAUUAUAUUGGGCAGCAUAUGAAGGCCAUGAGGACAUCGUGAAGCUUCUCCUGGAGCAUGGAGCUGAUCCUAAUAUCACGUAUAAGUGGGACAGAACACCUUUACAUGUGGCAGCAGGGGAAGGUCAUGAAGACGUCGUGAAGCUUCUCCUGGAGCAUGGAGCUGAUCCUAAUAACACGGAUAAGGAUAAAGAAACAGCACAUGACAUGGCUGUAAAAAAGAGCCAUGAACACGUUAAGAUAGUGCUGCAUAGAUAUGCCUUGCCACCAAUACAGGCCCAUCUUCUCCGCGAGAUGAUUAUGGCGAUAAGUGACCACGUGUCUCUCAAAGAUGUCCGCAUGCUGGCACGUGCACAGCUGGGAAUCCCAGACGCCAAGCUGGACAACAUAGAGUAUGAGUACCAACGCGAUGCUCAGGAGCAAUCCUUCCAGAUUUUGUGGCUGUGGAAAGUAAGGACGGCUGGAGCUACAGUCCAUAACCUGUUCCAGGCUCUGAAGGACCAUCAGUUGAACGCAUGCCUGGACAAAGUCAGAAAUCAAUAUUCCUCAUUGUUGAAUGAAAUAUGGAGCAAGCCAGAGGACGAGUUCCAAAAGUUUUCCUCCUCCCUCCAACGCACUCAGUCAAGCACAGAUGACGUCACGUUGUCCAACAUGACGGAGAUGAACCUGAAAUGCUACGUUUCCGAAGACUUGGAAUCUUUGUAUGUUCCACUUGAGAGCUUCAACGCCAAUGCCAAGGUGGAUGACAACGACAGCAACAAAGCCGUGGUCAAGUAUCGCUUAGCUGGGAAGGGCGUCUGCCGGAAUGCCGCUACAUUCGUUAAGAUGACUGAGUAAAGGGCUGUCCUUUAUUGAACUUGAACUUUUAGCUGCCAUUUGGAAGAACCGUUGGCAAGUUAUCAGGACAUACUACUUCAUUAAUCACACUGAAAAAGAGAAUAUGCUUUGAACAUAUAACAUUUCAAAGUGGCAAUCUUUUGGCAUAAAUUUUAUACAAUUGCAAGCUUAAAAAACAAUGCAUCUUUAUUAUUACCAGCGUAAGUUAAACUUUACUCGAUUCCACUCAAUAAUCAAAUUAGAGAUUGAUGUUCAGUUAUCACCUACGCCCAGAAACUCCAGAUCACUGAAAAGAAAUCAUCAAAAUAUUAUUUCUGUUUACGUGAUGAUUAUUACGGUUUAUGUGAAUGUAAUUGUUGAUUGGUUGGUAAAGUGGUUUGAUUUUUAUUCAUAUAAAAUAUAAUGUGAUAUUAACAUUACUUUAGAUAGCUGCACAUGAUAUGUAGAAAAUAUUUGAAAUAUGAUAUAUAUAUAUAUAUAUAUAUAUAUAUAUAGAGAGAGAGAGAGAGAGAGAGAGAGAGAGAGAGAGAGAGAGAGAGUCUCUUUAGAUACAUUUUCAGGUGGUGGUUUGUAUUGGUUUGUCUUUUAUCGAAUAUAAGAUGCUUGGCUAUUUGAACUUGCACACAUGUUAAAAUAUAUAGGCGCCUAUAGUUUUGCACUGAUAUAGUAGAAUAUACUUUUACUGAAAUACGUGUAUAUUUGUAUGGCACUUCUCUGACUUGGUUGAUAAGAACUUAGCAGAAGAAACAUUUUGUUUAGUAUAAAAUCGCCCGAUAUGGACAGAGGUCUAAAGUAACAACAGGACAGUAACCCAGUAACAUCACAUAAAUAAUGAGUCACUAUUUAAAGCAAACUACUAUGUAUUUCAGGCAUAUGUCCUUAACAUAUUGGUGGAAAUGCAAUUUAGCAGAAUACAUCAACAAACGGAGAGUUUUAAAAUGUAUUUAACAUGCACGAAAAUGCAGUAGUAUCGGAGUAGCAAAUAAGCAUUAACGCAGUAGUGGUGU